CAUCCUUUUCAAUGAAAACAACGUCUGAACUCUGAACAUUAAAUCCCUAAUCUCCUUUUCUAUUAACCAGCCACCGUGAGAUCAACUAACCCGCCACCGUGAGAUCAACAGCUCACGACUUUAGAAAAAUUAGCCAUCAAUUAUUGUUCCAUCUAGGUAUAGGCAGCCAUCUCCGAGUGGGAGGAAACAACCUUCUCCCAAUGCUCGAAGGGCUUCGCUUUCUCCAGGGAAAAGGGUUUCUGGAGUGAAGCUUUCACCUGCUGUCUCGGACUCUGUUGGAAAGAAGAAGAUUACAAAUAUUGUUGUUGGGAUUUCAAAAGUUUCAGAAAUGCUAGUUGGGUCUGCAAAGAGUAGUAGGAAGAAUUGGGAAGAGAUACCAGCUGUGGCGGGUUCAGGGGAGAUGAAAGAGAAGGGUGAAGCCAAGAAGAAACCGGAUCUGCAAGCGAUUUUGCGGACUCAAGUAAUAUCCUAUCCUACUUUUUCAACGCUUCGUAAGAAGCGUAUGUUGAAGAGUCUUCUUUUCAAUGAUAUCUAUUACCCACUUCAUUUGUAAUACUCUAUGAGUUUGAUUAUAUGCCUUUACAGUCUUGCUAGUAUUACUGAGCUUUUACUUCUGAAUUCGUAUUUGGUAUAUGGAAUAUAUUUUCCAAAAUACUAUUGGUUUGUCAACCCCCUUUAACUACUUAUACCUUAUGCUUUUGCACUGUCUUCUAAAUUCAUCAACCAUGUUAAUUGGCUUUCAAAAUGGAAACGAACCACCACACAACCCAACAGACAGAAAAGGAGAAGAACCCUAACCUUGAAAAAAUCUUAGGCAUAAAAAUGAGGUCCAUUGGAGUCCUCAUGACUUGUCCGAUGGACAAAUACCUAGAACAACAUCUAGAAACCCACUUUAAUCUCUUCAAACUAUGGCACUGCAACUCUUCAAUAACUGAAUUCUUGAAAACAGAUCAAGGAAACACAAUCAGAGCAGUAGUAGGUAACACUGAGAUUGGUGAAGAUGUUGAACUAAUUGCGUCAUUGCCAAGUUUAGAAAUUGUUGCCAAUUACAGUGUAGGAUUGGAUAAAAUUGAUUUGAGAAAGUGUGAAGAGAAAGGGAUUAGAGUUGCUAAUACCCCUGAUGUUUUGACUGAUGAUGUUGCUGACUUAGCAAUUUGGUUGAUAUUGAGGGUUUUGAGGAGGAUUUGUGCUUCUGAUGCUUACGUCAGGAUUGGCAAGUGGAAGGAUGCUGAUUUUGGAUUGGCAACAAAGGUGCAUGCUUGUUAGAUAUUAAAAAUCUCGUAUUUUAAUAUUGAUUUUAUUUGAACCAUGUAUUUUAAGAUGUUUGAACUAUGUAUGAAUUUUUAUUUGAAGUGUGUAUUUUAAGGUGCUUGAACUAUGUAUGAAAAAAAAAUUCAUUAUGAUUUUACGAUCCGAGUUUAUUUUGUA